GAUGCCUAACAAGGAGAAACUCGCCAAGAAGAAUGCGUACUUCGCCAAGCUCGUUGACCUUUGCGUGAACACACCCAAUGCACUGCUUGUGAGUGUUGACAACAUUUCCUCCAAGCAGAUGCAGGACAUCCGAUUGGAGCUGCGAGGAAAGGCUGUGGUGCUCAUGGGCAAGAACACCAUGAUUCGCAAGGCCCUGGCGAACGGCCACGAAGAGCACCCCGAGGCUGGCCUCGAUAAGCUGCGCGCCAUCAUCCAGGGCAACCUGGGCUUCAUUUUUGCCACGAAUUGCACCACGGAUGAUAUCCGCGAUGUCUUGGGCAAGUACAAGAGGGAAUCUGCAGCAAAGGCGGGGCAGACGUCCAUCGUCGACUGGUUCAUCCCCUCGGGGCCCACUGGGAUGGACCCCUCCCAGACCUCCUUCUUCCAGGCCUUGAACAUCGGUACCAAGAUCGUAAAGGGACAGAUCGAAUUGGUGAGCGACUUCAAGAUCUUGACAACUGGCGAGAGGGUCACUGCCUCUGGCGCCGUCUUGUUGAGCAAGUUGGGCAUCCGACCUUUCGAGUACAAGAUGGAGGUGAAGUAUGUCUUCCAGGAUGGUGCGGUCUUCAGCGCAGCGGUCUUGGACAUGUCCGAGGACAUGCUGAUCCAAAAGUUCCUGGCGGGCAUUGCCAACAUGGCAGCCUUCAGUCGUGAGGUGGGCAUCCCCACGGAGGCGGGUCUGCCGCACGCCUUCGGCAACGCCUUCCGCAACGUGGCGGCGCUGGUGGCGGACAUCGACUUCACCUUCAAGGAGGUGGAGGACGUGAAGAAGUUCCUGGAGGAUCCGGACGCCUAUGCCGCGGCCAACCCCGUGGCAGCUGCCCCUGCCGCGAGUGGUGGAGGUGAAGCCAAGAAGGAGGAGAAGAAGGCCGUGGUGGAAGAGGAAGAGGAGGAGGCCAGAGGCAAGCAGAUGAAGCGCAGCGAACGCGACGUGGUGGAGCAAAACAAUUUUCUGCAGAGCAUGGUGGAAGGAUUGGAGCUUCUGCAACAUCGGGGUGCUGCAACUGGCCAUGUUGAGGCCCAGCUGCCUCGUAGCGCAGCCCUGUGGCUGGUGGAGCACCUGAGCAACGUGCCCAGCAUGGUCGCGCAGCACAAGCUGCAGCUUGUGUGGCUCUAUAGCCUGUGGCCCUUGGUUGUAGCAUUGGGGUUACCAGCCCUACUGUCUCGCGGUGGAUUGAUCCAGGUUCUGGCUUUCACGGCCUUCUGGGUGUUGCUUCGGCCCUGUGCCACCAUGCUUCAGGUACUCGGAAGCCAAAUAGAUCCAGCCGAAGCCCAAGUGCUCCACAGCCUUUGGGCGACCAGCGGCUUCACGGCAGAUGCCAUGAGCCUCACCGCCCAUUUCUAUUGGUCUUGGGGGCUCUUUGAGCUGGUCGUACGACGGCGGCCAUUGACUCAAAGGCUCUUGGCCGUGUCGGCCUUGGCUGCCUGGUGUUUGCCGGUGCCCUUGGCACAGUUGAGCCUGGGCUUGUUGCGGCCUCGAAGCGCUGUGGCCUCCGCGCUCCUGGGAGACGUCUUAGGCGUUGCCUUCUUCUUUUGCCUCCGUUCUUCGCCGUGCUGGGGCUUGAUCCAGGUCUAUUUGCAAACAGCGCAGCAGUUUGCCAUGUUUGUGUUCGAGUUUAUUGGCGCAUCCGCAGGCACUUCACCAGAAGUCGGCGGAGGCGCGCAGGUUCUCACCUCGGUGGAACCGGAAUCCGAGAAAUUCGCCUUGUCUCCCACCGCAGACCUCGAUGAGAUUCGAGAGCCAGGGACACCUGGGGGUUGGAACGCAGGGGCAGAUCAGUUCCUGCGCUGUGAGUCCUUGGAGCGAAUGCAGCUGUGCAUGCGCCUGCAGAAGCAACAGGAGCUGUUGGAGCAGCUCUCCGAGGGCUUCGACCCAGUCACGCUGCAUGGCACGCUUCGAUCCGACGCCAGCCAUUCGGGGUCCAGAGUUGCUUGCCUCGCUGAAAGUGCGGAGAUGGGAUCUGAGGAGGCAUUCGAAAUCACUGAUUUGGUGAUCUACCAGCCUGCUGAUGAGGAUCCCACCAACCUAGAGCUGGUUGGCCUCAAGGAGUUUCAGAUCGCCAAAGCGUUGCUGGAUGGCCAUGCUGCGAAGCUGAGCCAACGGAUCCCAUCGCAGUGGGGUGAUGUGCACCUCUUCGACGUGUGCCUCUUCCUGGGCUUCGCGGAUACGGCGUGGGCAUUGGUCAGGUAUGGUGUCGAAGGCUGUCAAGUGGAGAUGCACCAUCUUGGGCCUUUUGGUACCAUUAAAGGUCCAGGUGACGUGACUUUCCUAUCCGAGCCGUACUGCUGGGGGUUUCCUGUGGAUCGGGGCACCUGGAUGCCUGGUUGGAAUUGUCACAUCCAAGAUGCCGUUGAAGCAGCCGAGAAAGUGGCCAGAAAGCUGUGGUUUCCAGAUCUCUUGGACAUGGUCUGCUCCGAGCAGAAGCUGGGAUUUGCCGUAUCUGCAGAAGCAAUGGCACGUCUGCUAGAUAUAGCCAUCUUGGCAGGCAACAAAGAGGCGGCGAGGGUCCUGCAUGGCAAGUGCGCACUCUUGCCACUGCGUCGGUGGUAUCCAGCCUUUUUCAUUAACUGUAAGGAAUAUCCCUUCGCAAUUCCCAUUCUCCGAGCCGCACUUGCAGUCGGUAUCGACUUCAGUGAACUUUCCGUUUGUUUUUGCGAUGAUCAAAUUGAAUGGAUUCCAUUCAGUCAGGCGUUGUUUCUUCUCUCGACCUCUCUGUGGAUGGAAUUGUGUGGUUUCCUACCACCAAGCCCCUGGCGACCAGAGCACAAGAAUAAUCUAGCAAGGUAUUUUCUUCUACGACGAGAUGCUCAGGAAAGGCCAGAUUCAGAUGACUUGAACAGAUUCAAGCUUGACACUAAAAAGCUCCAAAAUGCUGGCAAAGCAGAAGUCGAUUUGAGGUGCCUAAGAAUGGAGCUAAGAUGCGUACGCCACAGUCAGAGCUUCCUGAGUUUGCUAGACCUUGCAAUAGUCUGGGGUCAGCCGGACUGUGCAGAGAUUUGUGCUUCUAUGGAUAUGGAGUUGACGGAUUUCGGCCGCCAGUCUUGCUGGGAUGCCCUCUAUUGUGUGAGUGCAGAUUUCAGGGCAUUCUAUUUUUAUAGUCGACCCAGGACGCAUCCCCUUGUUGCGGCUUCACCUGAUGCUUGUAUGGAUGCGGCAAGAUCUGCAGCAAUCUCUGCCCUGAGAGUAGCACACAAACGACAUGUCACAGAGAAGGGAUUUGUACUUUACCAAACCCUGCUGAAGCGCUUUGAUCCGAGUCCCUUCCCGCUGUGGAUCUUGGAUGAAAUCCUUGCAUUGAGUGUCCGGGCACCGACCAUCAUUGAGCAACUGCAGCUUUGGGAAGGGGUAGCAGGUUGGGACACGGAAAUCAAAUCUCAAGACAUGGAAGCUGACGGCGGAAAGGCUGAAGUUUCAACGGAACAAACUGCUUUGAAGUCACGUGGGCAACAAUCAGGCGCCAUCGACACCGAUGAUGCUGUCGUGGCAGAUGACAAAUCCACCGACGACCUCGAUGACCUCAUGAUGGCCUUGCAGGCCAGCCGAGACGAGGUACCGGCGUUGAACGUCGAUGGCGUGUGCAUUUGGCGCCUGACUCGGCAGUCGAAGUGCGCGGAGGUCAACGAAGUGCUCUUGGAUCCCACCGGGCCCUUGGCCGCCUUGCACCAGCGUGUUUUGGAUGCCGGUUGUCAAGUGGAUCCCCAGGGCAACCCGGUGAAGGCACUAUUUGUACCGUGCACACAGCAACAACUUGUGGAAUUGCAGGGGUUGGCUGUUCAUGGCUAUGAAUUGUGCAAGGAUCAACACCUGCUCGCGUUGCAGGAAGAUGGCCCGGUGAUCACUCGAGCACUGCGCAGCUGCUUCUCCAAGAAGGUUCGGCCAAAGCUGAAGAAGCUGUAUCCACGUGGAGCGGUCGGUGACGGAGCCCACAGCCAGCAACCUUCGAGCUCAACGGAUCCGCCCGAUGAUCACGAAGCUGACAUGGAUGAGGAAGAUGCGAAUGAGCCCAUGCUUGUCUUGGAGGCGGGGCUUCGUACUGAUUCCAGCGUAGGGUAUCCGUCCUACCAGGUCCAGUGAAUGAAAAGCCAAG